AUGGCCAAGGAGAAGCGGGGACCGGAGCGGAAUGCACGCCCCGAAGGAGAGCCAGGUCCCGGCGAGGAGCGAGCGGGCGGAGGAAAAAGUUGCAGCCCAAAUCAGAUAUGGGAAGUGUGGAACUUUACUACCGGCAAAAUCCGGAAGGCUCUUAAGUACCAGGCCCAGGACAGCUUCAUGACGAUGGAUGAUGCCGUCCUCUGCCUGUGCUUCAGCAGAGAUACAGAAAUGCUAGCAACUGGAGCCCAAGAUGGGAAAAUCAAGGUGUGGAAGAUCCAGAGUGGCCAGUGUUUAAGGAGAUUUGAAAGAGCACACAAUAACGGUGUCACCUGUCUCAGUUUUUCCAAGGAAAGCAGUCAGAUCCUGAGUGCCUCUUUUGACCAGACAAUCAGAAUUCACGGCUUACAAUCUGGGGAAACGCUGAAGGAGUUUCGUGGCCAUGCCUCCUUUGUUAACGAAGCAACAUUCACACAAGACGGACAUGACAUCAUCAGUGCAUCCUCUGAUGGCACUGUAAAGAUUUGGAACAUGAAGACCACAGAGUGUUCCAACACCUUUAAGUCCCUGGGCAGCACUGCGGGGACAGACAUCACCGUCAACAGUGUGAUCCUGCUUCCCCAAAACCCAGAGCACUGCGUGGUGUGCAACCGAUCCAACGCGGUGGACCUGAACAUGCAGGGCCAGAUCGUCAGAAGCUUCAGCCCCGCUAAGCGAGGAGGUGGCCACUUCGUGCACUGUGCCCUCUCCCUGCGUGGCGAGCGGAUCUACUGUGCGGGAGAGGAUUUGGGGCUCUACUGCUUCAGCACGGUCGCCGGCAAGCUGGAGAGAACCCUGACACUUCACGCGAAGGAUGGGAUUGGUAUCGCCCAUCAUCCUCAUCAGAACCUGAUCGCAGCCGACAGGGAAGACGGCCGCCUGAAGCUCUGGAAAGCUAAGCCCCUUUCCUUUGGGACUCGCGGGAGCAUGCGCUUCAGAGGAGGCAAGUCGUGUGUGCUGCUCUUUCGUUUCUUUUUCUGUUGCCAGCUUUCCUAA